CUCCGAGAAAUCCAAAUCUGGAUUAACAAUUGCUACUACAUCUAGAUCACAUCAAAUGCCAGGUAGCCUCAACUCACCUACCUGGGUACCUAUAUAUAUAUAAGGUAUAUAUAUAUUUACCUAAUAUUCUUAGUUCUCAAUUCUCACUGUUCCCUGAAAUUGAGUGAUGUGAAAUGGAUACAUGAGGCCUAUGAGACUCACGAGACUUGAAGAUGAGCUCAGGAAAGAAAAAGACAAACGCUGAAGUAGCCGCUGUUCAAGCCCGGGAUGCUCUAGCGGUCAUAUUCGCCGUCCGUUUCGUAAACGCGCUCUGUGUCCGUACUUUCUUUCAGCCGGAUGAAUAUUUUCAAGCUCUCGAACCAGCUUGGAACUUGGUAUUCGGAAAAGACAGCGGAGCAUGGAUGACCUGGGAAUGGAAGCACCAGCUUCGAUCAUCUAUCCACCCUACUAUAUUUGCCUUUGGAUAUUGGAUCGUCCAGAACUUCCAAGGGUCAGGGAUGUCUCCAGCAACCAAAGCUACAUGGCUCCUUGCAGCGCCUAAGGUCUUACAGACUGGGUUUGCUGCCUUGAGCGAUUGGUAUUCAUGGAGGCUUGCGGAGAGACUAUACGGCCGUGGAAGUGCUGCUGCCUGGUCCGUUCUGUUGAUGGCAUUGGCCAAUCCCUGGCAAUGGUAUACAUCGACGAGGACGUUCUCGAACUGCUUCGAGACAACCUUGACGGCUGCCGCUCUCUAUUAUUGGCCCUGGCAGCUUCUAGGUACGGAAGAUGACGGAAAUGCCGAAUCCAAGUAUUCAUCAAUUCCACUCUUCGAGACCUGGGGUCAAAUUAACAAUCUCCGAUUGUCCCUGAUACUAGCCGCAUUCGCUGUUCUCUUGCGGCCAACCAAUGUUUUAAUAUGGGUGGCUAUUGGCACCCUCGCACUGACCAGAGCUACACUCGGUGGAAAAUCACCACUUACUCUAAGAAACAUCCUUAUCAUUUAUAGGGAGGUAGUCCUUUGCGGGUCCUUCGUUCUCGGAUUGUCUUUAGUAGCUGACCGUCUAUACUAUGGAGAAUGGACAUUCCCCCCCUUAACAUUCUUGCACUUCAAUGUUGCGCAAGACCUCGCUAGCUUCUAUGGGCAGAAUGAUUGGCAUUACUAUCUCUCCCAGGGUAUACCGUUGUUAGGUACUACGAUAACCCCGUUCAUCCUACAAGGCCUAUACAAAUCUCUAGACUCAGAGAGCUCAAACUGGCCAGUUACAACAUCUAACGCUUUGAAAGCACUAUCCUUCGUGGUCUUCACAAACAUAUCCGCCUUGUCGUUUGUGUCCCAUAAGGAAGUUCGCUUUAUCACGCCUCUCCUUCCGGCCUUCCAUAUCUUGGCUGCACCCCAUAUUGCGUCCUUUUUCACCACGUUAACAAAUGCUGCCUCUGCUAGCUCAACGCCAACGCUGGGGUGGAAGCGGACACCUUUACUUCUAGGAGGUCUACUUAUCAAUAUUAUCAUUGGCGGCUACCUCUCCUAUUUCCAUGCUGCCGCACCUAUCAAGGUGGUGGACUAUUUGCGUAACGAAUUCGAACACAUUCACCCCAAGCACCUUGAAAUUCCGCAACCAGCGAACGUAACUGUGGACGAUGACUUCUCGCAAGAGCUCUUCGCGCUUUUCCUGACUCCUUGCCACGCCACGCCGUGGCGUUCUCACCUUGUCUACCCGGCUCUGCGCGCGCGUGCUCUAACCUGCGAGCCGCCUUUGCAUACCUCGCCAAAGUCCCCACAGCGCCAGAUAUACAAGGACGAGACGCGUCGCUUCUACGCGGACAAGGUUGGCUUCCUGGAGGAACUGUGGCCGGCGGAUGGUCCCGGCGAGGACAUGGCGAGAUAUAUUGUCGGGUACGAGGGCAUCGGUUCUGCGCUGCACGAAUACUUCGACUUCUCGGGUCCCGGUCGCCGACACAAAGUCGAGCUGAAGCGAGUGUGGGAUUCGUGGAAUGGGCUCUUCACGGAUGAUGAUAGGAAGUCGGGACGUUUGGUGGUGUGGGCUACGGGUUACUACGAUAAGGUGUUGCCCGUAGAGCCGUAAGUUGAAUGGCCCACUGGAUGGGUUGGAUUAGGUACCUAUAUAGGGUGGGCGAACUGUACAUUAUACAAAAUUUUGAUAGCUGGUAGGAGGAACUUAUACGCCGCAACAUAAAGGACACACGGCUAUUCUUUACUUAUGCUCCGCACCUACACUCGUAGGGACCUAAGUCUAUAUUGGAAUCUAUAGUCAAGUAGAUACUUAGCCCAGGACCUGAGACUUUAUGCUCGUACGC